GAGUGUCGCCACAGCCAGGGGCACUCUGGUUCUGUCCUCCCUUCCCAAUGUAGACAGACAGCCAGCCCACUGAUGUCUACAGACGAUCCAAGGCCUCUCGGGCCCUCAAACUUCAUGGAGGCUCCAGACACCAGAACCUGGGGAAGCAGGGAUAUUAACGAGGGGGGAGUGAGGGAGGAAGAGGAGCGAGGAAGCCGAUACACACAGAAAGGCGCCACGGACGAGUCGGACGAGUCAGAUGGUUCGGAGCCCGAGCCCCUGGCCGUCAUCCGUAGGAAGGUGUCCUUUGCUGACGCCUUCGGUCUGGAUCUGGUAUACGUCAAAGAGUUUGACAGUACAGACCUGACGGGGGCAGAGGUUGCUGACCCCCCGGAGCCCGAGGUCAAAGUUAAAGAACCGGACGAGUAUUUCCUGUCAUCUCUGUUUACCGUGCCCUCGUCUCCGGAGGAACUCGAACAGAGACUCCAGGAUCAGAAGCUGGAGCUGGAGAGCAUUGAGUUACUUCCUGGCACGACCGCGCUCAGGGGUAUUGUCAGGGUGGUGAACCUGUGCUACAAUAAAUCCCUUUAUAUCCGGAUCAGUCUGGAUAGCUGGAAGACCAACUUUGACCUGCUGGCUGAGUACGUCCCGGGCUCCAGCGAUGGAACAACAGACAGGUUUGCGUUUAGGCUUACCCUCGUGCCGCCCUUUGAGAUGGAGGGAACCAGAGUGGAGUUCUGCCUCAGAUACGAGACAUCAGUGGGCACUUUUUGGGCAAACAACAGUGACAUGAACUAUGUGCUGUUCUGUCACAAAAAGGGAGGCAGAGAUCUGAUAGCAAUGGAUCCUCAGCUAGAGGAAGUAAAUAACUGGAGAGAGAAGAGAACCUGUCUGAAAGUCAACAGUAAGAUGAACAGUGCUGAGGAGAACCCCGCGGAGGCCACUACAGACGCUCCAGAUUCAGCCACACACAGAGCAGAGGGGACUGGCAGGAAAAAAGUGGAAAACGCAGAGCAUCUGCUCUCUAUUCUGCAUCAUGAGGAUUACCGUCACAAAAAUUUGGGGGGUAGUCAGAGGAGCAGACGAAGGAAGGCCUGUUCAGCACGAGUGCAGGAAUACUUUUCUCGCCGAGAGCAGGCGGCAAGACGGGAACACAUUUCCAAUGGGCUACCACAUAACGAACUGGAGAAGCCACCUUCACUUCCAGACAUCAGAAUCAAACCCUUAGGGGACAGCGCCUCCAGUCUCCUACGAUUACGCCAGAAGAAACAAACCAAUGAUACCCCUCAAAUAAUGACAUACCACCAGAUACCCCUACUUUCCCUGGACUGGGGCAAAGAUAACGUGCGUGUGGGGACUCCAGAGGAGGAUGACUGGAUUAGAACAAGGACCACACCUCAGCUCACAUCAGACAAGUCAGAGGACAAUCUGGGAGAACAAACCUCUGUUUGUGAUCUGUGGGAAGCCUUUCUCAAUGGCACAGACUCCAAAGAUACUACCAGUGUGCCAGAGUCUGAAUGGCUACAGUCGGCAACUUCAGUUUGCCCCUCAAUCGAAACUGAGGAUUUUGAGGCUUCCUCAAAAGUCGACAACCAACAGGGGGAUGACUUGGACUCAAAUACACAAAGAUACACCCACUGCACGGUAGAUGAAUUGCCGUCGUGGGCUCACAAUCAUGUGAUGCCUGUGGUCAGUGCCGAGGAGCCACUGUCAAGCUCGGGUGUCACCUUCCCCAGAAACGACAAAGCGUUAGUUUAUAAUCCUUCCCAAAGGUCAGAGGCUAUCCUUGUAACAGACACUCUACAGGAAUCCAUUCCCUCGGGUGCCGCAAGGGUGGCCGGGGGGUCUGUUGACAGCACGGCUCAGUGCCACAAGCACGUGGAGGCGGGGGGAGGAAGAGGAGAGGAGCCUUUCACACCAUACAGAGCAGAGCCGGUAACAAGCUCGGGGGAGACCGAGACAACAGAUAUGACAGCAAUGGCGGAAUCUCAGAAUGCCAAUGCAGUAGAUAGAAUCUGUCAGGGAGAAAGGCAAGACAAGACGCUUUCGUCCGACGUGGUAGCAGAGGUUAAAGGCAACGUGCACAAAGCACCUGAUGAUACUGUGACAUUUAGGGAGACAGUCGGAGAGAGGACAGAGGAUAAAACAAACACACAGAGCUAUGGAGUGGAGGAGGGAUUCACACAGGCCUACAAAGAGGAUGAGCUUUUCAAGCCGAACCAACCAGAGGAAGAAGAAUUCACACAAGACCUCACAGAAGAAGCGUUGCAUAGACAGAGUCCAGCAGUGGAAUAUGAAUUCCAAAGAGACAAAAUCUAUUUAGAACUGAACCUAACAGAGUUGGAAGAAUUCAGGCCGAGUCAAACAUAUGAAGAAGAAUUCAGGCUCAAUCAAACAGAAAAAAAAGAAUUCAGACUGAAACAAACACACGAAGAGGAACUCGGACCAAACAAAUCAGACGCAGUUGAAAUCAGACCAUUUAAUACAGUGAAAGAUGAAUUAAAACCGAAUCAAUCAGAGGCAGAGAAAUUCCGAUCAAAUCAAGAAGACGACGAAGAAUCUAGACCGAACCAAACAUUCGAUGGUGAAUUCAGCUGGAACCAAACUGAGGUAGAGGAAUUAAGACCAAACAAAAUUGAGAUGGAAGAGGAAUUCUCACCAAGCCAUCAAGAUGAAGAAGAUGACAGACCGAGCCAUACAGACAAAGAAUUGCGCCUGAGUCAUGAAGAUGACAGACCGAGCCAUACAGACAAAGAAUUGCGCCUGAGUCAUGAAGAUGACAGACCGAGCCAUACAGACAAAGAAUUGCGCCUGAGUCAUGAAGAUGACAGACCGAGCCAUACAGACAAAGAAUUGCGCCUGAGUCAUGAAGAUGAAGAGCUAGACAGAGAGAGCCGGACAUUUGCCGAAAAAUUUAGACCGAACCAAACACCCAAUGAAGUAUUCAGAUCAAACGAAUUGGAGGAAUUCAGACAGUUUGAUGAAGAACAGAGAGACAGAGAGAACCUAGAAGAGGUUGAGGAAUUCAGACAGUUUGAUGAAGAACAGAGAGACAGAGAGAACCUAGAAGAGGUUGAGGAAUUCAGAUCCAACCAAACACACGAAGAGGGAUUCUGGUCAAAUAUAAUACAAGAAGAAGAUAUCUAUCAGAGCGUAAAUGAAGAAGAGCUAUACAGAGACAUAGAUAUGGAUAAAGAUUCAUCAACGCACAACCUAACAGAGCCCGGAGUGUUCAGGGAAAAGGACACAGGAGAAGUGGAAAAGACAGAAAAUGUCGUGGCCGAAAUGUCCAGACAGAGAGACACAGAACAGAUAAAUGAAGAAAUAAGUAUGGAAACUCCAGAAAAGGAAGAAGUGGAGGACUUAACGGAUGAGACCGCAGACACCCGAAAUGAGAGUGAGGAGGUGUCAACAGAAAAGGAGGAAAAGCAUGAGGUGACAAUGGAAAAUGUUGAAGGACCAAGACAAGAUAAAAAUGGAAAGUUGUCAGAAGGCUCCAAAGAACUUAUUAUGGAGGAUGAUAAAGAAUGGGUGGGAAAAGAGGUAGAGUUGGGCGAAGAUGAGUUGUUCAGAGAACAGAAAGGUUUGAAUGAGGAAACGUUAGAAGAGGUGUUAUAUUUGCAGACGGUUGAUAAUUGUCCUUUAGCCGAACACGACAACGAGAAGGAGGAGAAACUGUCAGAUGUACCUGAAGUCGUUCAAAAUGUACCAAACCACCAGGCAAAACGUCUCACUAAGAAAGCGGUGACUGACAUAGACUCCUGGGUAGAUUCUCUCAUGAAGGCACGUACAGUUCCCGAUUUGACCUUCACACCGAGACAAGGCCUAACUACACCCAGUAGCAAUGCAGAGCCCUCUAUGGGCCAAGCAUAUGCGUCAUCUCCAAACAGAGGAACAACUGUCCUCUCUCAUUCAUUUUCCCUCAGCACAAGAUUUAACACAGUGGUCAAUGACGGGAGUGAGUCAGGGGUCAGUCAGGGGUCAACCCAAAACCCAUCGUCAUUAGGGGAGGAUCAGGAGACCCUCAGCAGCCGUACGAGCCCCCCACCCCCUGAGAAAGUGGAGGAUGCUGCCAGCAGCAUCUUGGCAUGGUUGAGGAUGUUCAUCUCUCUCAGUAGCGUAACCAGAGCACUAGUCUAUGCCCUUUUGGUAGCAGUGUUUCUCUUUACCACUCUUGUGUAUAAUUUCCCAGCGUGCUUUGCUCUCUACUUGUUCUCACUGUAUUGGUGGUGCUGUGUGGCAGAUAGGCAACGCGUGACAGGGACUGACAGAAUAGAUGGAGAGAGGUGAAGUGUUUGUGUGUAAAGAAUUAUAAUAUUGUGCGUGUGCGCACGUGUGUGUAUGAUUUGGGUAACACUUUACAUGAAGUUACUCUUAUACCUGUAACUACUACUGUAGCAACAUUGUUGUUAUUGUACAUGGUACUUCAGUAUUAGCUAUUGCAGCUAUAAUGCAUUUGUUAAUACAAUGUUGUUACUGGUGUAAUGACAGUGUUACUACAGAGGUCUGAGAGCAACUCAAUAUAAAGAGUUGCCAUGUUUUGUUUUAGCUUGUUGCAGUGUUUUAUGGGCCCAAUAUCAAAAGUGAAAAUGUACCAAAGUUAUUAAAGGAGAACGAAAUCCAUUAUUCCAAUGUAGAACAAAAGGGGAUAGGUAAACCGUGUGGGGCAUUGGAGAUUUGAAAGUGGAGUUUCUUUAUUUCUUUUUUCCAUUUUUCUUUCCUCAACAAUGAUAACAUAUUCAACAGAAAGCUUUCCAGAUUUCCCCAGGUCUUAUACGCUGACUAAAGAUUGUCUUGCAUAGUCAUUGCUGCACUGUAGUUCAAAUGUUUUAACUUAGACUAGCUGAUAUGAUAUGGUCGUCAUAUCGCACCUCUGUAAUGAACUUGAAAUGUAUAAGUCACACAUCCAUGUUGGCCGCAGUUGAUUGGGCUGGCGUAUGUGUUAGGCAGACGUAUGAGAUUACAAUAUCUCUGUGAUCCUGGGAGAUCACUUACUGGCCCCACAUCUGACCUAUCUCUCUCAGACAUGUAGCCUACAGAUAGUAAGGUCAAAUGGACUGCACUUUUUCAUCACUUAAUCAUUGUAAGGAUUGGAGAUGAGGAUGAUGAUGAUGAUGAUAUAAUCAAGUUGUGUGAUUUCUGUGACUUUGUCUUUCCAUUAAAAGUCCUGUACUUGA